CUUAUACAUCGAGUAUACAAUUUAUCACUAGCGAGAUACGUAUUUAUUCAGUACAAGCUAAAGUUCUCCACACAGUGGAGUUAGCAUACAUAACUACAACAACUACAACAACAAAACCGUCACGUGAUCCCAGACAAGUUUCUCUUGAACACGUUACACGUCAAAAUGGCCACGAAUGGAACUACCCGUAGGAAAAUUGCUUUGAUUACUGGUAUAACUGGACAGGAUGGUUCUUACUUAGCAGAGUUUUUAAUAGAGAAAGGGUAUGAGGUACAUGGUAUAAUUAGAAGAUCAAGUACCUUCAAUACAAGCAGAAUAGAACAUCUAUAUGAUGAUCCUAAAUCUCACAAAGAAGGAUCCAUGCAUUUACAUUAUGGUGACUUAACAGAUAGUACAUGUUUAGUGAAAAUCAUAAGUCAAAUUAAACCUGAUGAAAUUUAUAACCUAGGAGCUCAAAGUCAUGUAAAGGUAUCGUUUGAGUUAGCUGAAUACACAGCCAAUGUAGAUGCCGUAGGAACGUUACGAUUAUUAGAUGCCAUUAGAACAUGUGAUCUCUCAAGUAAAGUCAAAUUUUACCAAGCAUCUACCAGUGAAAUGUUUGGAAAAGUACAGGAAAUUCCACAGAAAGAAACUACACCUUUCUAUCCUAGAUCUCCUUAUGGUGUAGCUAAGUUAUAUGCCUACUGGAUAGUUAUAAACUAUAGAGAAGCUUAUGAUAUGUUUGCAUGUAAUGGAAUCCUAUUUAACCAUGAAAGUCCAAGGAGAGGUGAAACAUUUGUAACCAGAAAAAUUACUAGAGCUGUAGCCAAAAUAGUGCUUGGACAACAAGAAAAGGUAGAACUAGGAAAUAUAGAUGCCAAAAGAGAUUGGGGUCAUGCUAAAGACUAUGUAGAGGCUAUGUGGUUGAUGUUACAACAUGAUAAACCUGAAGAUUUUGUGAUAUCUAUGGGUGAAUCACAUAGUGUCAGGGAAUUCAUAGAAAAGGCUUUCAAGGUUGUGGAUAUUGACAUUGUCUGGGAAGGUGAAGGGCCGAAUGAAGUUGGCAAAGAUAAAAAGACAGGAGCUGUCAGAGUGGCCAUAAAUGCUAAGUUUUAUAGACCCACCGAAGUUGAAUUUCUCUUAGGAGAUUGUACUAAAGCUAAGACUGUGUUGAAAUGGGAACAUAAAUAUUCAUUUGAUACUCUUGUGACCGAGAUGGUGAAUUCUGAUCUUAAACUGAUGAAAUCCAAUCCUAUAGCAUAACAUGACUUUUACAUAGACUUAUUGGGAUCUUAUGAAAUCUAGUUUCUGUCCAUUACAAAUUUUCUCAUGUUAUCUAAGUGUGGACUCGGAUAGAUAAGUUAGUGAAAAUUAUAAAGAUCUGAAAUUGAAUUAAAUGUGCAGGGUAUCUGACUUAAAAUAGAGAAUGACUUUGAAAGGUUGUUAACAGAAACUAUAAUUUUCAAAGCAUCACUUCAUUUUCAUGAAAUAUAAAGUCCCCAUAUUUUUUUUGUGUGUAUUUUACUCAUGACAUUCCUUCAAUCAGAAUAUAUCUGACAACUACAGCAAUAAAGUUGUAGAGUUGCCUCCCUUACUCUUAUAUAAAUGUCCCAUUAUCACUCAAAUUUAUGUUGAAAUUUCAAACGAGGUCAGGUUUAACUUGACUGUUUUCGAUUAUUAGAAAGAAACUAAUCUUGUAUCAUUGCUCUUUUAUUGUUUCAUCAUUUUCUCAAGAUAUAGGUGAAAAGAAAGAAGGAUUAAGGCCCAUAAAUAGCAAUACUAUACCAUAUCAUGCUGAAAAUAUGCAAUGGUCAUGAUGGUUGUUUCUUACAUAUAUAUCAGAAUGCUUACAUUGGAUAUAAACAGGAAUAUUUGUAAUGGUCAGAUACUCCUUGUUCUUAGGUGUAGUGUCCAUUAUUUGAUCAAAAAUGAAUAGAACAUUAUUUUUAUGUGCCUUGUUAAAGUGUAAAAUCAUUUUAUUACAGGAAAUAAAUGUUCUAAUUGAUUUUUGUAGAAACUCAUCUUUCUCUCAAUGCAGUGGUUACCUUAUCUAGUUCCCUGUCUGAACCACAUCUCUCUCCUACAAGCUCAUUAAACAUGUUCAUGAUGUUCAGGCAAUCUGUCUUCAAAUAUUUACAGGAUAAUAUCAGAGAAAGUAUAUGUAGACCAAGACUUUCAAGAUAAUUGAAUUUUUUAUUAAGAAGCAAAAUUAACAAGAAGCCAUUAUAUUUCAACCAUCACUCAAUCAAUUAAUACUUUACAGAACUACUGAGUUAUGAUGAGGUAAAAUUUGCAAUCGAUCUUGCUAGUUAAGAGUAGAUGAGUUUCUACAAAGAUAUUUUAUUCAUGGGUUUUAUGAAUAUUGACUUGUUAUGUGAUAUUAUUUUUUUUAAGUCUUAUACAAAAUUUUUCACUUUUUUAUUAUUAUGCAGUUAAAGAUUUGUUAUGAAUGUGCUAUAUUAUUUAAUUCCUAGUGAUUUAGGUACACUUGAAAAUCUCCAUUCAACAGUUUGAUAAAUUAAUUACUUGCAUAUCGCCUUAGUAACCAAUUUAUAAAAACAACCAUUUUUCUGUGUUUUUGUUAUAAUGAAAUAAAAUUAUAUAAUGUUAACAGGUUAAAAGAAAUUAUUUUAAUAUGCUGUUCUUUUUAGAAGAUAGAGAAGCACAACAAAUUUAGAGUUAUCUUUCUUUGUACGUUUAAUUCUUUGUGGGACCAAUCAAUUAGUAGUAUGAUCAUCACUGAGGGAUAUGUAUGUUAGAAGUUAUACUAUGUGUGUUUAUUUGGUUAAUAUUGUUUCAAAAUUUAUCAGGUGGAUGGGUAUUGGGAGGCACUCAAAUUCAUUAAAUAUGGAUAGUUGCAUUGUCCCUUAGAAUUUUGUUAGAGUUGUAAGUGAAAUGAAAAUCUUUAUUUAAUGGUGGUCUUGCAAAAGUGCCUCCUAUACCAUCAAUGUGUUGAAUUUUAGAACAGUACAAAGUACUAUGUUGUGCAUUUAAAAAGUUGUUUAUUUAUUUAUUUUGAAUCUCACAUAUCAACAAAAAAAAUUACAAGAAGUUGUGAUUUAUCAUAGAUAUCCAUUCAGUUGUUAAUCUUCCAAGGAAAUGUGACAAAAUGAUCAAAUAUAAAAAGUAAAUGGGUCUUUAAUAUUUUAUAGAAGUUUGUAUUUUUUUCAUUGAUCUAAAAAGUGAAACUAAUUUAAUCUUAUCAAACAUAUUAUAUCCACUGUGAAUAACUACAACAAGGAAAGGAAGAUUAAACUAAAGAAAAACAACAUCUUUAAAGUUCUUUAUUGGAUAGUUAUGAUAAAUAUGAACUUCUUGUAUGUUAUAAGGCAUAAUACUUGGUUAUACCCAUCUUCAUUUGCAAAGGUUUACAAUCUGACCUUUUCCUUUAAAAGAUUGUAACCCUUUGCCAGCGGAGAUGGGUUUUACCAUUAUAAUAGGUAUCAAUGAUACUGUGUGACGUCUGUGGUGAGCAUUUAUAUAUUGGAUGAAAUAUGGAUAUACUUUCCUUCUAGAAGUGAAUUAACAUGUGUAGAAUUAUAAUCAAUUAUCUAUUUCAAACUUCCUAGCAAUUUUUGUUUUAAUCACCCUCAACAGAGUUGGGUGCCAUAUUGUUAUUAUUUCACUUAAAAAAAAAAUCUAUUCCAACAUUUGUCCAUACUAUUUCUUGGAAUUGAAUUGACCAAUGUUGUUGGAACUAUACUUAAAUGUGGACCACUUUGAAGUUGUGCAAGAGACAUUAGAAUGGUUCAAAAUGGCCGUUACCAUGGAGACAGCAAAAAUGUAAAACAAAAUCUGAAUUCUGUAUCUUCUGAAGUGUAACAUAUUGAUAAUUUAUGCAAAUGUUGGCAGUGGUGCCAUGAUAAACCAACAGUAGUUAGAUAUUCCAAAAUGGCUGCCAUUACCAUGGAAACUUGAGGAAAUAUUGACUAUAUGGGGAAAAACUUUAAAGCAGCAUUAUUUCUUAUAGAAAUUUUCAUGAAUAUAUAACAUCAGGAUAAAAGAGGGUGUAAAUUAAAUGCUGUGAUAAUUAUAAUUCAACUGGUUCUAAUGUCCAGUAUAAAUCCAGUUUUGCAUCAUGACAAUCAAUGACCACCUUUUCCACCAAACAUAAUGUCCAGAAUGUUUCAGGUACAGAUGUGAUAAAAUCAGAUUUUAUUUAUAAAAUACACUGUUCCAAUUGUCUAUUUAUUUACAAUGCUGACUGAUACUGAUAUAAUCUGUCAGGCAAUUAGAAAUAUGCAUUUACACCCAUUACAGACGGCUAAUUGUCAGUUGUGGCGAUUCAUUUUGCUAAUUUUGUACUAUUUGUUGUGAAAAUAUUUAUCAAAUUUAAUUCUUUGAAAUUAAAGAACAAAGUAUAUAUAGGAUAGAUGAAUUAGGUGAUUCAUUCAAAUGGUGAUAUCAACUAUUUAUGGGAGCUUUUCAACAAUAAAAUAAUGAAUUUGUAA